GUCUAGUAAGAAUUGUUUCUCUUACUCUUUGCUUGUAGUAUAUCUAUAUACUUAUUGCAUAUACUGUUGUGAAUUGCGUUUUCUGAUAUCACUCCUCUUUAUUUGGAUUAUUUAGGACGUCUUUAACAUGCCAUAUUGUCGAGUGAUUUCUACUUUAGUUGUGAAGUAAACGUGGAGUCUGGGUGACUGUGAAAGAGAAGUUCUGAGGAGUGUCAACGGAUUAACAAGCGGCAAAGCAGCAACUAGCAACAAGUGCACUAUACUCAGUGAGAGAAAUUAUUUUGUAACCCUGCGAAAACAGGAGAGGUCAGAAAGUGUAAAAGAGAGGGGAACCAAUACUGGAGAAAGAGGAUCUGAACUGUAGGAGGUAAAGAGAAACGGAGACAGAAGAGUCUACUCGUCGCCAUGUUCGUGUCCCACCGGUUCUUUAGAGCGAACACGAAUGUGAUCAGAGCAGCGACUCGACUUCAGUUCGACGGUUCUAACGGUGCUGGUUUAUUGUCGCUCCUGCGUUCUGGCUUAUCGAUCUCCACAUCCAACGAUUAUAAUCAAAUUCCUCAUCUCCACAUCAGAAACUUUAGUAUCUCUGCUGCAGCUAUGGCUAAGAUUAAGGCAGGACCUGUUGUCGACAUCCUUGGAGAUGAAAUGACUAGAAUCAUUUGGGACUCUAUCAAAGAAAAGCUUAUUCUUCCGUAUCUUGACAUUGACCUUCAUAUAUAUGAUUUGGGAAUUGAAAACAGAGAUGCUACUAAUGAUAAAGUAACGGUGGAUUGCGCUGAAGCUAUAAAGCGUUAUAAUGUUGGUAUUAAGUGUGCAACAAUCACUCCUGAUGAAAAGAGAGUAGAAGAAUUCAAACUGAAGCAAAUGUGGAAGAGUCCGAAUGGAACAAUUAGGAAUAUCUUAGGUGGUACUGUAUUCCGUGAAGCUAUUAUCUGCAAGAACAUUCCACGACUAGUAACAGGCUGGAAUAAACCAAUCAUUAUAGGCCGUCAUGCCCAUGGAGAUCAGUACAAGGCCACCGAUUUCUUAGUGCCUGGUGCUGGUAAACUUGAAAUAUCAUGGGUUGGUACAAAUGGUGAAAAGAUUCAACAUACCGUUCAUGAGUUUAAGGGAGCGGGCAUUGCACAAGCUCAGUUCAACACUGAUGAAAGUAUUCAGGCAUUUGCACACAGCUCACUCCAAUAUGCCCUAUCACGUAACUACCCACUGUAUCUCUCCACAAAGAAUACUAUUCUGAAGAAAUAUGAUGGAAGAUUUAAAGACAUCUUCCAAGAGAUUUACGAAGCAGAGUAUAAGAAACAGUUUGAAGCAAAGAAUAUCUGGUAUGAGCAUCGUCUCAUAGAUGAUAUGGUCGCUUACGCUAUGAAAUCUGAAGGUGGAUUCGUAUGGGCUUGCAAAAAUUAUGACGGUGAUGUUCAGUCUGAUUCAGUAGCUCAGGGUUAUGGAUCUCUUGGUCUUAUGACAUCUGUUCUCAUCUGUCCGGAUGGCCGUACUGUUGAAGCGGAGGCUGCUCAUGGUACUGUUACACGUCAUUAUCGCCAGUACCAGCAGGGCAAGGAAACCUCUACUAAUCCGAUUGCUUCAAUAUUUGCCUGGACUCAAGGAUUACUUCAUCGCGCUAAGUUGGAUAAUAAUGCUGAACUAAAGAAGUUCGCAGAGACUCUCGAGAAAGUAUGUGUCGACACAAUUGAGUCUGGAUUUAUGACUAAGGAUCUAGCGAUUUGUAUCAAAGGAAUGGAUAAAGUAACCAGAUCUGAUUAUCUUGAGACUUUCGAGUUUAUGGAUAAAAUUGCUGAAAAUUUGAAGAAACAGCUGAAAAAUUGACUUCCUAUUGAAGCAGACAUCGAUAUUAAUCAACAAGCAUUACGUGCUAAAUAUUAGAUACAUUAUAAACUUCACAUCGAAUUGGAAAAGAAUGUUCUGAGAUGUAGUUCCAUUUGUUAUUCACUUUUAUUUAUUUUUUAUUGAAUAACGAGAUUUGGAACUAGAUGACCAGCAUAGAACGUACAAGGAAUAUCAAUAAAUUCUGUGUAAAACAGCCUAUUGAAAAUAUAUUCUGCCUAGGGCAGUCAGUAAAAAUGAUAAUGAGUAUGCAAGUCCAGGCAGCAACUAAAGUUAUAUUUAGAAUUAUAGAAGUACACAUAAAAUGGAGGAUUUUUAUAAAAUUAACAGAACAGUGAAUACUAUCUUUACAAGUAUUGCUAAAAAUGUGGUAAUUAAAAUUAAAAUUAUUUUUAAUUCAGUA